CUUCACACUUCACACUCUUUCUUCAAGUCUACAGCGUAGAGAUUUUCUAACUAAACCUUGCUCCGCUCCAUUAUACUAAUGUAUUAUUGUUAUUGUUGUUAAUCUACCAUUGAGUUGUAGCUAGUAGUUUUGCAGUAGUCACAUUAUUAGUCUUACCUAUAACCCUGACAUUGCCGAAGCCAAAAAAUCAGCCCUGGGUUCAAAAGAUAAUCCCUCCCAUCAUCUCGCAAACCCCCUUCCUCUUUCCCCCUACCCCCCUCCUUUUCCCAGAGCGUCGAAUGUCCAAUGCCGCUCCGCCACAUCGCUAUCCCCUCGUGGCCCCGGGCCACGCUGCCUAGGUACCCGACGUAUUCCCUGGCAACCCGCGUCCAGUCGAAGCUGCAGCAGGACCUACUGGCCUGGAAGGCCCUGCGAGACGAGCACAGCGACCCACGGCGACGACGGUAUGCCCCGCCUCCGCCUCCCACCCUUAUCUCCUUUACUCCGGCGCCUACGUACACUCUUGGCAGGCGACAGACCGAGCCGCUAUCCGCCUCCGAGCUCGCCCGCCUGCGCGCCCCUCUCUCCGUAUCCUUGCCCUCUCGCAACGAUGAAUCCAUUACCACCGCCGUCUUCGUGCCCGAGGUCCUACACGCUCCCCGCGGCGGGCUAGCCACCUACCACGGCCCGGGGCAGGCCGUCAUCUGGCCAGUCAUAGAUCUACGGUCGCCUCUGCACGCCAACUUCACCGUGCGCGACUACACCUGCCUGCUGGAGAAGACUACCAUUGCGACCCUGCUCCGCGUGUACGGUCUCGCCGGGUUCACGACCUCGAACCCCGGGGUGUGGGUGCGCAAGGACAACGACCCGUCGCGGGACGAGGAGAAGAUCUCCGCGCUGGGCGUUCACCUCCGGCGGCACGUCGCGGGUCUCGGUGUCGCGAUCAACGUGGGUGUAUCCGUUACCGGACCCGAGGCGACGAACCCGUGGGCGCGUAUCGUGGCGUGCGGAUUGGGGGAUCGGGGCGUCACUAGCGUUGCCGCACAAUUGGGCCUGCUGCCUACCCACGAGAUCGCACCCGAGGAUAUCGCGGCUGCGUGGGCUGCCGAAUUUGCCGAGAGGUUGGGGUUCCCCGGUGCUGCUGCUGUGGAGGAAGAGAGCUGGGAGCCGUGGGAGAAGGAAUUGCAGCUCGAACCGGUGGGACCUGGCACAGAUUCCGGGUUUGUCGAAGGCACAGUGAUGUCAUCUUGAUUUAUAUUGCACGCUACUCGCCUCGAACCCCCUUGAUACCUAUUUAUAUGGCAUAUGUGAUGUCUAUUAUAGCCUUCUAGCGCCAUUCCUUCG